AUGGAAAAAAUAAUUGCAAAAAGACUGACAUGGUUCACGGAAACAUACAGCAUCAUAGCCGAAGAACAGGCAGGAUUUAGACAGUACAGAUCACCUAACCAGCAUGUCACCCUCCUUAGCCAAUAUAUAAAGGAUGCUCUUGAUAAAAAACAUGUACUCACUGCUGUUUUCGUGGACCUAAGAACCGCUUACGAUUUGAAAAUUAACGGUAUCAAAUGCCUUCUCUACGCAGAUGACUUAGUCAUCUGGACCGAAAUUCCCAAAGACAGUGUUGAGAGACAAUCAGAACUAGCCCUUAAUCAGGCAUUAAAGGAAUUAAACAAAUGGUGCCACAUCAAUAACAUGGAAGUCAACCUUGAAAAAACAUGUUACCAGACCUUCUCCUUGACACAUCAGCCUAUCAAACUAAAACUAUUGUAUGAGGACGUUCCCGUUUUAUAUACAGACUCUUCUUCAUACUUAGGUGUUGUAUUCGACCGAAAACUGACGUGGACAGAGCACGUGACCAAAGUUUUGGAGAGAGCCACCUCGAGACUUUCCCUAAUGAAAAGAAUAGCCGGAUCAAAAUGGGGCUGCUGUAGAAAUACCCUCGACAUGACAUAUAAAUCAUAUAUACUCCCCCUCAUGACUUAUUGCUGCGAGCCGCUGGCGGUGACCAGCGAAAAAGUCCUUGACUCGCUGGAAAGAUUCCACAAUCAGGCCCUUCGACUUAUAACAGGGGCCGUUAAAACAACUCCGAUUGAUGCACUCCUAUUAUCUACCCACCCCAUGAACAUCAAGACUAGUAUAGAAGAGAGGGCAGUUAUUUUGUGGGAAAAAAUUUUAAGACUACCAGACUGCCUCUCCCUAUGGAGCACCCCACUGACAAAUAUUGGUCGAACUUUGAAGACCCAGAACGGUUUCCUCCAAAUAGUCGUUGAAAUAAAAGACCAACUGAAUAUUACUUGGAAAACAGAAGACCUUAUUAGAUCGCAGUGCCCUAUCGAAAAAGAGAGAUACUCACUGAGUUUAAACCUGUGUCAAGAUGUUUCCAAGAGAGACACAAAUGAUCAAGUCUUAAAAUCUAUCGCCCUGGAGACUUUGCACUUACUGUACCCAGAGAACGAAUGGCUACAUAUAUUCACAGACGGUUCAAGAUUGGCUGAAGGCACUAAUGCAGGAGCCGGAGUUUCCUGCAACCUUUUUUCAUUUUACACCCCGAUUGGUUCGUCUAGAACAGCCUUCGAUGCAGAAGUAUCGGCAAUAAGCGUAGCUCUGUCACAACUACAGAAUCACCUUGAGAAAUUUAAUAACGUAGUCAUCCUCUCUGACUCCAAAGCCGCACUCCAAGCUAUUGCUUCCUCCAAAGCCCCCGCAUCUGCCGACAUUCUACAUUGUCGUCAAGCCCUUCACAGGCUUGACCAACACAACAAAAAUGUCGCCAUGCAAUGGGUACCAGCGCACUGUGGACUUCAAGGUAACGAAACUGCAGAUUUCUUGGCCAAAAAAGCCGCCAAGAUUCUACAAAUAUCUCUUAAGCCAGUUCCU